AUGGAAGCUAAAACCAUCGCAAUGUCUCUCCCUAGUAACCGCUUUUCGAUUUUCCCGACCUCUCCUCGCUCUUCCUUCGUUUCCUCAACUCGCUUCUCCCGCCUCCCGCUGAAGCGUGCGUGUAUCGGUGCUGUAACCUCUUGUUCCGGCGUCGAUGAAUCGGCUCUGACUCGGUGGAAUCCGAUUGUUUCGACUCGGCGCCGACUCAUUCCUGCUCCUGUUCGUGCAAUUGACUCGGAGGGAUCUCCAGGUUUAGGGAAAGUUAAGGAAUACGAAGAAUGGGAUUCAUGGACGGCCAAAUUCUCCGCCGGAGCGAAUAUUCCGUUUCUGAUGCUUCAAUUGCCACAGAUCAUCCUCAAUGCUCAGAAUCUUUUGGCGGGAAACAACACCGCACUUUCCGCAGUCCCAUGGCUGGGGAUGUUGACUGGUUUGUUAGGGAACCUUUCGUUGCUUUCUUAUUUCGUAAAGAAGAAGGAAAAAGAAGCAGCUGUGGUGCAAACACUUGGAGUCCUCUCCACUCACGUUGUUCUUACGCAGCUCACCAUGGCUGGAGCUAUGCCUAUGCCCUAUUUUGUUGCUACUUCGGUUGUUGUCACGUUUGGUGUUAUAUUGAACUGUUUGUUCUAUUUCGGUAAGCUGAGCAAAACUCUUUGGCGACUUUGGGAAGACUUUAUCACUGUUGGUGGACUCUGUGUUCUACCUCAAGUCAUGUGGUCAACUUUUGUCCCUCUGGUACCAAACAGUAUCUUGCCUGGGACAACUGCCUUUGUUAUAGCUGUAGCGGCUGUAUUUAUGGCUCGAACAGGGAAACUCCCAGAGGAAGGUGUUAAGUUUGUCGAGUCUUUAUCUGGAUGGACAGCGACACUUAUGUUCAUGUGGAUGCCUGUUUCCCAAAUGUGGACAAAUUUCCUAAGUCCAGACAACAUAAAAGGCUUAUCACCAAUCACAAUGUUGCUUUCGAUGAUGGGGAACGGGCUUAUGCUCCCCAGAGCGUUAUUUAUCCGUGAUUUGAUGUGGUUCACUGGUUCAAUAUGGGCAACUCUCUUUUAUGGAUAUGGAAACAUUCUGUGCUUAUACUUGUCUAACUGCACCAGCAAGUCAUUCUUUGUGGCAUCCACAAUUGGUUUGAUAUCAUGGAUAGGACUUGCUUUGUGGAGAGAUUCAACAGCUCAUGGUCUCAACUCGCCGUUUAGAUCUUUGAAGGAGCUGGUUUUUGGGUCAUAACUCAAUAGAGCUUAAACACCGUUUGCUUCAAGCAAGCAAGCAAGUACAUAGAGGAUUACUUGUUUGUAUCAAGGACCAAGCCAUAUGUAUUAUUUAUGCUAUUUGUAUUUGUCCCAAGUUCCUAUAUAAAAUGCACUUCAUUACUACGCUGAAUCACACUAAACCAUUUAUAAAUUUGUUUAUUCCUACGAUAUUUUAUGUUAAUAAGAUUUAAAAACAUCAA